GAAGGGAUAUGUUUAUCACAUUUAAUUUCAGGUUUCUGAAAUUGAUAUUUGUAAAUAAACAAAUAUACAAGUUUUAAUGUAAUAAAACUAUCAAGAAUGCUGAAGAUAGAAAGGAAAAUUCUAUGAAUAUAUAAUAAACUUAUGAUUGAACGUGGAAAGAGUAUCAUGGUGGACCAAAAUAAUCGAGUAUUAUCUUCUUGGUUGUUGGAGCGCCAGGUGAUUGGAGAUCGUAUCAGGCUCUACGUUGGCGUCACAGCAGUUGGUCGGCAACAUGGAUCCGCUGUACGAAUACCAGAUUCGACGUAUGUUUCUCGGAAACAUGCUGAGAUCAGCGUAGACAGCCUUGAGAGAAUUGUAUUGAAGGAUUUGAAUACCAUAAAUGGUACAUAUGUAAAUGGUAGUAAAAUACAAAAUUCAGAAAUCACCUUAAAUGAGAAUGAUUGCAUUGGGGUAGGUGUCUCUGAUGACUCGGAACCAAAUUUGAUACAUCCGAUAUAUAAGCUUUUAUAUGUACCUCUACCUGGUACAAAUGCUAUAGAUAAGGAAAAAAGAACAAGCGGAAAACAAGAUGGUCAAAACAUUGAUGCUGACGAAAUCUUAAGCGCUAAUGAAGUACAAAGUAUAGAAGGUAUUGUUAAAUCAGAUGAAAUAAAAUCUUCGCCUUCUGCAAUAUCUUCAAAAGAACAAGUAUAUCCUUCUCCUUCAUCAGUAACAGCUUCAGCAGCUGUGAAAAGUGUCCCAAAACCAACAGAACCAGUUAGAAAACAACCAACACUUUUUUCUGGUGAUAUAAUUAUUUUGAGUGACGAUGAAGAGGAUGUUCUGCGUCCCAUCAAAAUAGAGAGAAAACAAUCUGUAAAUGACGAUGAAAAGAAAAACUUAACAUCUGAACAAAAUGUAACAAACCAAAAAGAUUCGCCUGGCGCCUCCACUUCACUCCCGAAUGUUAUAUCCAAAGCAAGCUCUUCUACGCAUCAGGCAAAUCAAGCCGUUGUCCAUGCACCUAUUCUACCUGAAAUUAAACGUGAGCUGAUACGCACAUAUGCUGAAAAUGUGGUAGAAAUUUUCGGUGAUUCCGAUGGUGUAAUUCUUGAGAGUGUAAAGUCCAUUAAUCCUUUAUUAUACACAAAACUUAAUGGUCAAUCGGGUGGCAAAAAACUUGUCGAUGGUGACACUAUUGAUUUAUUAAGUGACGCUGAGGACGAAGAUCGUAAAGUAGAAUGCUUUGGUGCGUUACUGCCAGCAGAUACUGAAAAAACCCAUAGACUCGAAAAGAAAAACAAUGAUGAUAGCUUCACCGGUAAGAAGGAUAACAGAGACAGCACAGCAGGCACAAAAAGUCCACUUCUUUUUGAGAAUUCUCUUAAUAGCUCUAAAAAUUCGGUAGAUGAAGCUAGCAUAAAUCCCGAACAAGUAAAAACUUUGGAGGAAAAGCAGGACGCUAAUGUACUUAAAGACGACCCUGGGAAAGCUGCGGAAGAAUUAGCUGAAUAUGUGGAUUUGGACGAGGACAUGAUGUUUUCACAAAUGUUAAUUAAUGACAUUAAAUCUGAAAUGAUGUGUGACAAUUAUGAAGAUGACUUAGUUCUUGAAAACGCCGUCCCACUUGAUAUUUUCAAAGAUUCUGUUCCCGGCUUUUCGAAUAUACAAAUUAAAAAAGAGAUUAUUGACAACAAACUGCCUAAUGCAUUUCAGACUCGUUCUGAACAAAAAUCUCCAAACAAUGAAAUUGAAAACGAUGUCUGGAUUACUAUAGAUGACGAUGAUGAAGAACUCGAGCACAAAGUCUCUGAUUGGAGUACAAAAUUACUAUCACAGAAGAUGAAUAUGUCACAAGUGUUCGAAGAAGACAGUGGACGUGAAGAAGAACAAGGGUCAGGUUAUGGCAGCGAAGACGUAGAUGAUUUUUUCAAUGAAGCUCUGGUUGAUGAUGUUAUUGCAACAUUGGCUAUGAAGAACGGUGAAAUUAAAAAAGAGAUAUCUACAACUGACCAACAAACAUCUAAAGCUGAUGAUCAUACUCAUGAUGCUGACAAAAACGACAACCUUUUACAAUAUAACAAAAAGUCAAGUAUAAAGGUAGAUCGUAGAAUGUCGGAGCCAGAAAAGAAGUCAAGGAGUUCAUCAAAUGAAGCUCAAGAAGAUCUAAAAGGUAGUGUGCCGACUGAUGGAAAGCAAAAGAAAAAGCUUCAUAAUAAAGAUGAGCCUAAAUCCGAGAAAAAAACCUAUAGUCGACCUUCUGUAAUUGAGGCACCUUAUUUGCCUAUACACAAGGGUAAACACAGAGGUGUUUCUGCAGAAAUAAAACCAAAACUGACCAAUGACAACAAUGGACAUUUAAAAGAAGAACGACAUAGAGAAGAACUAAAACGGAAACGGCUUGAGAAACCAGAAGAUCAGAGGCGUAAAGAGAGGGAGGAAAAGCGAAAAAUUAAAGAAUCUCGAAAAGAACAAUUGAAGAAACUUGCCGAUAAGCAAUCAACGCUUUCAACGAAAGAACCACACAAACGUAAAAAUCCAAAUGAAAAUGAAGGUGGUGAGAAGAAAAAGGCAAAGAUCAAGGUCACAGCAGUUAAUCGUGGGGCACUUCUUGCAGAGGAUAUUAUUGCACCCAAAAAAAGGCUCGAUCAGUACAGAAUACCCAAAACCAAGCGAAGAACCUCUGAACCUUCGACGAUUGUCAAUGAGCCAUCUACAAGUACAGCUGCAACAACCUCCAAAUAUAAUCCUGCGGAAAUUUUAGAUCAAUUUGGCCAAGAAAUAAGCAAAGCGGACAAUAUUUCAACCCGUCGAAUCUCUAACAGUAAUAUUGGUAAGCCAAUAUCACGAUCAUUUUCUCUUGAAGAGGCCAAUAGUACAGAAGCUUCAGCUUGUAAUGCGCCAACGCGUAACAAAAAAAAUAAUAAAAUUACUUUUGCAUCAAUGCAAAAGAAUUUUAUUGAAUCUAGAAUAAACCAAAAGCUGUUGGAAAAAUUCGCCAAUCACCGGUUUGAUGUGGUAGAUCGGAACGAAAACAGCGAUCGGCCAAAGAAACGAGUACGCUUUAAUGAAACUCCGGUUGUACACUACAUUGAGCGAGUAAGUGGCGCCAAUAAAAGAGUGGAUCGAAAAGAUAUCCAGCCAAGUCCAAGAUGUGCAGAUCGAGAAAAAUCAGUGCGCUUAGCAUACGCUAUAGUUGACAAAACGGCUGAAAUAAUAUCACAUAUAUUAGAAUGGUGCAAUGAAUGGCUGAUAAAUCGUAACGCGCAAGUGGAUGCUGCAAGUGACGUCUUAUUACCUAUGCCAAAUCAAUUUGCCUCCUUUGAGCAUUAUAAAAGCAUAAUUUUACCCUUAAUGAGAUUGGAGUUCAUAAGUACACUGGAGCGUGAUCAUACCAAACACAAAGCAAAGUCGCUUUCUAUAUCCGCCGACCAAGUUUCUCCAUAUUUGGAUCGAUACAUUAUUUUGGGACGUUGCAAUGGGGCUAAAUGUAAUGAGACCAAACAUGAAUUAGUUGUAUUAGAGUGGGGUAGGUUCACGACAUUCGCAUUUAUGUCCUCCAAACGUGUAGGCUUCAACAAUGUGACACUGGUGUACGAAGUGCUGGCAAAAGAUUUGCCUUUAGAUGAGUUACGAUCCAAUUUAAACACACCUGUUAAAGUUAUACCAAUGAUAGAGUUAGCAAGGGUUGAAUUUGGUGCUUUUAAUGCUGUAUACCAAUUGGAGCAAUCACCUCUGCUAGAGCAAAUUCUCAAUCCGAUGAAAUUGUGCAAAAUCAAACAAUAUUCUGAUUGUGAUAUAUCAUAUAACGGCUGUGAUCAGUUGAAUAGUCGCCAAAAGGAUGUUUUAAUCCGCACAUAUAGGCAUGCUAUCGACCCAACACCGAAUAUAACAUUAAUACAAGGUCCGCCUGGCACAGGUAAAACUUGUUUAAUUGCAAAUUUGGUACAUCAAUUGCUCUACGGCAACGAGGUUCCAAUUCUCGACCAAAAAGUAUUGAUUUGUGCUCAAAGUAACGCGGCUGUUGACGUUAUCGCUGAGAAAUUGUUCAAUAUGAGUCAAACAAAGACUCCAGAUAAAAUGUUCCGUCUAAUACGAUUUGGUGUAUUGGAUCGGGUUAAUUCAAGGGUGCAACAUGCUACUCUACCAAAGAUCAUAGAGCGCAGCCACAUGAGAAAACUGAAGGCGACAUAUAAAAAUCUUCAAGUUGAUAACAAAGUCGAUAUAAAAGAAUAUUUACGAAGUGAAAUGAUGGAAAUUGCAGCCACUAUCGAGCACAUCAAGAUGAACAAUGUUAAAGGGACUGUGCAGGAAAACGUUCUACUUGAGAAGCAGCAGCAAAUAGACUUAAUGCGCUAUAUAGUGAAUGGUGUUCUACGGCCAGAGGAUGAGCGUAGUCUCUACAAUUGGCACUUGAAACAUGCUAAUGUUGUAUGCACGACACUGUCCAGCUGUGUAAAGUUGUCCAAAUAUGUCAGCUAUUUUGAUGUUUGCAUCAUCGAUGAGGCUACACAAUGUACUGAACCAUGGACUUUAAUGCCAUUGAAAUUUGGUAUUAAUACGUUGGUGCUUGUCGGGGAUACACAGCAACUGCCAGCUACGGUGAUGUCAAAGAAAGCAUCUGAUUUUGGUCUUGGUACGUCGCUCUUCACACGAAUUCAGCGAUGUAUAGAAUCUGUUACCCUUAAGACCGUAGCCAACGAUUUAAACGCCGACAAAGAGAACAAGGAAAGCAAUGCCAACAGUUUAGAUAGCACAGAUAUUAUUUUUAGCUUACGAACCCAAUACCGCAUGCAUCCUGAAAUUUGUAAAUGGCCAAAUUCGUACUUUUAUAAAAACGAAUUAAUCGAUGAUCCUAGAACUUAUCAAUUUAAGACACCAUUAAGUCCAUUUUCAGUAUUUAAUUUGACUUACUCACAAGAUAACAACUGUCGAAACGGUCAAAUUGCUAACGAGCUGGAAGCAAAAUUUGUAGCACGUCUGGUGAGAACGUUGGAUGGCUAUAUACCUAUGAAAUACAAUUCAUACGGUGUGAUAACGCCUUAUGCUUUGCAGCGAAGAGCGUUAGAAGGCGCAAUGCGUGUCUCGGGUUGUUCAAAUGUAACUGUAAAUACCAUAGACUCUUAUCAGGGAACGGAACGUGAUGUUAUUAUUAUAUCGAACGCUCGAACAAGUGGUGUUGGAUUUUUGUCAACCUACCAGCGUUUGAAUGUAGCUUUGACCAGACCAAAAAAGUGUCUUAUAUUAUGUGGAAACUUUAAGGACUUGGAGACGGUAUCAGUUUGGCAUAGCCUCUUAAAGUCGGCUCGUGAGCGUGGACUGUAUCAUGAAAUUAGUGCGAAAUGUAUAGAAGAUAUGCAUAGAACUGUAAUUCCGAAAAUCAAAAUAUCAAAAAUUGCCGUUACAAACGGAGUUACAACAACAGAAAUAACUAAAGAAGGCAUAGAAGAGUGUCUAACAACAGCUAAUGACACAACAAAACAAAUCAGCAAGGCUUAAAAUGGCAAGUUUUGCAAGAGAGAGCUGUAAUGAGAAUUCGCUGUCGAAUGUGAAAAUUAAUGAAAUUACUCAAAUUAAUUGUGCAAGAGUGAUAAAAAAUUUGAAAAGUAUUAAUUUACUUUAUCGUUAAAAGAUAUUUAAUUCAAGAAUACAUUAAAAAUUCUAAAUACAAUUCCUUUUCUUGUAAAAUUUGGGUCAUUACCUAUAUAAAAUGCUUAUUAAUUUCACAAUUAAUUGAAAUUAUUAUUGAAUUUCAUAAAAUUAAUUUAUUAAUGUAUGUAUUAUUUUAUACAAUAUUAAUAUUAUUUUAUUCCGAUUGUAUACAAUUUCACUUUACAGCUCUGCCAGAUUUCUUUCGUGCCGUUUUUUUAGCAUUAAGUGUAUAUAUCGCAUUUACAUACAUACAUAAUUAAAAUUAAAUAUUACUUGCUUCAUUUUUGAAGUACGAUGUACGGGAAUAUUAUCUUAAUUAGAAUUUAGUUAUUUUUAUGUUAUAAAAAAAAUUAAAUGGAGAAAACAUAAUAUACAUAAAUUACUGUAAUGGAAUAGCUUUAUGACAAUAUUGUGGGCAUAAUUAGAAUAAUGUGACACGCUCAGCUGAGUGAACAAGUAACCUGUUUUGGAAUAAAAACUCUUCUUCGCUGGCAUACA